AUGGCCAACGGAAAAUCCAGUUCGUUCGGACGGGAACAGAGAAACAACGCAACAGCCAAACGCCCCCUCCGAUGUUUUCAAAAAUUUGGCGCCCCCCAAAAUAAACGCCCCAAGUUAAAAACCAGUAGUGGCUCCUCACCAACAACGGAGACAACACUCUCUUCUGAAAGAACAUCGGAAACAACUGCUAACACUGGAAGUUCCACAUCGCCUACUAGUUCAUCAUCAAAGUCCAGCACGAUUAUACCAUCGCAGAGUUCCUCAUCAACUGCGACACUUUCCAUCGCUGGUUCAACCACCGUGAGUUCUAUUUCCACUGGAAACAAUGUUGAUUCUAGUACAACUGGAACAGAUUCGACAACUCACUCUAACAUUCCUGGCUCGACAUCAGCUUCUAUUCCCCCAGUCAACACUAUGGGUAUUGGAAAUGCUACCACUUUAUCUCCAAGUGCAACAUCACAUAGCGUCAUCAGUACAAAAGAAAGCAUAGUGCCGAUAACUUCAAAUGGAGUCACUUCAACUGCUACGGAAAGUUCUUCAGUUCCAAGUAGUGCAGGUGGAAUGACAACUACUGCAAUGCAGCCGACAAGAGAAUCUACGGGUAGCACUCUAUCUAAUAAGGAAAGUACAUUGGAAACCAGUACUGGCACUGAUUCCAGUUCUGUAUCGGUCACAGUUGCAACAGAGGAAACAACAGCAACAGCAUCCAAAACGCCGCCUUCGAUCUCGGCAAGUUCAAUGAGUGAAACAUCAACAUCAACAUUGUCGUCUUUGCCCAUCACCCAUCUUCCAGCAAGCAAUGGUAACCAUACAACAGCAAGCAGUGGGUCGAAUUCAAGUGCCGUUGUAACAUCCCCUGGGACAACACCUUCAGUGACAACAGAAACAACAUCCGUACUAGCAUCCAACAUCUUCACCAUCACACUAGCCAAGACGGACGAUGGGACUUCUGCAGAAAUCCCUGUGAGCGGAAACAUUCCUGUGUACGGAACCAGAUACAAGCAUAUCCACGUGAGUAUUAACGGACUUGUAUCCCUCGGAAACAACACGGUCGGAUAUAAUCCCCGGCCUCUUCCAAUUGGAACAAAUAACACGGUUCUACUAGCGCCGUUUUGGACAGACCUUGAUAUUCGGAACACAACAGAUUCCUCUGUGUACGCCACUGUAUAUCAAAACGUCCAACACAACACGAACAUCACGAAAGAAUGGCUGCCAUAUUUGGAACCUGGCUUUAACCCAACGUGGGCAGUUGACGUCCACUGGGAGCAUGUGAGUCCAUACCCUGCGGAAAUCUACCAUAAGAAAGAAAACACAUCUUUCCGGCUGGUUCUGCUGUCCGAUGGAGACCGGACCUUUGCUGCUUAUGACUACGAUAAGAACAAUGCCUUACCCUAUAGUCUCGCGAGGACACCUGUCAUAGGCCUCGAUUUCGGCUCGGAUGGGUACAGGUCAUUCUUCAAUAGAACCGGCACACCAGAAGCUGUGGAUAUAUCCAAGACUGUAGGAAAUAUAGGGCUCAUUGGUAAAUGGAUAUUCAAGCUGUAUAACGAGUCCACUGUGAGUAACGCCACCGCGACCUGUCGUGAUUGGCUGACCCAGGAGUCACGUGAUAUUGUAUCAAGCCCAAUUCCGGCAUGUCCUUGUUCGACGACUCAAAUAUUUGCAGACCCUAAAUUUUAUUUUGAUAACGCCACAUACUGUGCUGACAUUGUAGUGCCGACAGAAAACGGCUACGGAUUGCAUUGCUGCUACAAUCCGACAGACACGCCUGUCAGAGGGUCUUUAAUGACAGGACCACGUGGUCCUAGUGCAUUCUAUCGGUUCCAUCCGGAGACGUUUCCCGCCCUUCACAAAUCACGUGACAUCUAUGCGCGUGAUGCAUGUUGCACGGAAGAAGAAACAUGUAAACAAUACUACGCCCGGCGUAUUGUCUCCUCAUGUUCCAACUACAUCCCUCCAAUCAUUGCAUCAGUGUUCGGGUCUCCAAACUUACAAACCUUUGAUGGACUUCAAUACACGUUUGGUGGAAAUGGAGAAUAUCUAUUAGCGGAAACAAAUACUGGGUCGGUUCUUCAGACCAAGAUGGAGCCGAUAUGGAUAAAGGGCGAUUCAAGCCAGCCCAACGACAACCUUACAGUUUUUUCGUCUUUUACGAUCUCCGGUUCAACCGAUGUAACGGUGUCUCAAAACGACAAACGUACAGGUAUCGAUAUUAAGGUAGACGGAGCAUCUUUAACCAACAGCUUCGAGUGGGAAUCCAAUUUUCGAAGGACAUUUCAAAACUUGACCGUGUACAAGAACAGCGACGAUUGCGUCGUCAUUGUGGAAACUGCGGGCUUUUCGACAAAAUUCUGUGACGCGGGAGGAUCCAUUUCUGCCGUGGUUGUUACCCCUCCUGAAGCUGUUCGGAACACCAGGGGGUUACUCGGAACAGCAAACAAUGACAAAUCUGACGAUCUUAGCCUGCGCGAUACAACAGUCGAGCCACUUUCGUUAAACUCUACCGACAGAAAAAUCUUCUCACAAAUGCAGAGUUGGAGAGUUUCACCCGACACCAAUACGUCCUUGCACCAGAACUUGACCAUAAACGCAACUGAUGUAACGCCAUUAUUCCUUGACGAACUUUAUCCAAACAUCUACAACGACGAGAACUCCACUGAUUACAUUGCGUGUUUACUUGCCGAUGCCAUGGUGUCUAAAGCUUGCUUGUACCACAGACUUGUUCUGAAAGAUGAAACGACGGCAAAUCAAACAUUAGCGAUAGCAAGCAAAAUCGCCAACCAAAAGCAUGUUUUACAGUCUCGAAUUCCCCCAUUGGAGACAAGCGAAGGUCGGAUCGUGAACGUGACUGUUGGUAAAGAAAUGACGCUUUACCUGAAGCACAUGCCAAGUGUAAUCGGGAGAUGCAAUACCGACCUCAACGCCACCUGCACUGACAAUGGUACUGGUGUGAUGUUUACGUGGACUCCGGCCUCCCUAGCAACAGUGCACCUGAGCUUCACCGCUGUAGACAAUACACUGGGGCUAGUUUCGGAGACUGUAGCGUAUGAGAUACAUAUCUGUGAUUGUUCUGGGCACGGCACCUGCAGGUUUGAUCGAUUUCUCCCAAAUCAACAUCCCAUGGAUAACUUUCGCUUGGCCUCAUGUGACUGUGAAAUCGGAUGGACAGGACACCAUUGUGAACUCGAUUUCGAUGGCUGCCAAGGAGCUCCCUGUGUAAGCUGGGGGUCGAACUGCACAGACCUGACCCCAGCAGAGCAGAGACAAAAUAAGCAUCCUUACAGGUGUAGCGAAUGUCCUUCCGGUUAUAGAAGGAUACAGACAGACUGUUUCGAAAUAGACGAAUGUCAAGAAAAUACCACCCUCUGUGAUAAUGAGCCGGGUGUAUGUAUCAACACUAAUGGUAAUUACACAUGUCAAUGCCCACGUUCAACGUUCUGGAAUGGAUCCGUGUGUAUCUCUAUUCCAGAGCCGUCAACAUCAUUCCCAGAAUCCACCACUGUUCGCAGUCCAGUGGACCUGUGUGGAUAUUACAAUGGAACACAAAUGUGUGAGAACAAUGGAACGUGUCAGCUUCAGAAUACAAACGAUUCAAUAUGUGUGUGCACUCCCGGUUACCAUGGAGACCUGUGCGAGCUACGGAGUGUAGCGCGAGCCACGGACGGUGACUGGGUCGUCGAGAUUCUCUUGCCAGCUGCUGCAGCCGUAGCGAUCGCAACUGCGGCGUUGUGUUGCUUAAUGGCAGUUGUUCGGCGGCGACGCAAGAAGAGAAGCCUAGAUGAAGAAUCAGACCAGGAUAGCUUUGGGGUACGAGGAUCUUAUGCCGUACCAUCGUCCAUAUUCCUACCCAGGUUUAACACCAAUUGGCGUCAAUUUUACGGCUCUCCUAGCACCUGGAACGACACAGCACCGACGGUUCACCGGGACCGGCCUCUUCAAUUUCCCAUUACCUACCCUUAUGACAACGAGACUAAUUCAAGCGUACCAACGAAUUCUUUCGACGAUCGAAGUUUAGAUACGUCCCCUGAAUGGUGCAACAAUGUUCUACUUCAGGAAGAUGAAUUCAACAUCGGAAGACCGAUCUACAAAACUGAAAGAAUUUAUCCACAUCUGCCCGACGAUAGCUAUUGAGUGUUAAAUCCACAAAGAAGUCAAUCGACAUGGAUGAUGACCCACGGCUCCGGACAGGUUUCGACAAUAGAUGGAUAUCGCUAGGAAUCUCUAGAGAGGAUAGAAACCUAUCGCGAAAAUUCAAUGACAAAACUGGAAAUUAAUCUAAGACAACACUAUCAUAGAUUCAUGGAAACCCACUAUGAAAAUGGAAGACAGUAUAUAUCAAUCUUCGACGAUAACGAUACAAAAAUCUCCGAGGAUGGAUAUCAAUUAAAAAUUCCUCGAAACCUCUGAAGAUAAUGAGACAAUGACAAUCGUUCCUAGUUAUAUUUAGAUAUAACUAGCAGUAACAAAAAUAUUCCUGGAAAUAUUUGGAGGUUAUGGACAGUAACAGAAGUAUUCCUGGAAAUAUUUGGAGGUAAUGGACAGUAACAGAAAUAUUCCUGGAAAUGUUUGGAGAUAAUGGACAGUAACAGAAAUAUUCAUGGAAAUAUUUGGAGAUAAUGGACAGUAACAGAAAUAUUCAUGGAAAUAUUUGGAGAUAAUGGACAGUAACAGAAAUAUUCAUGGAAAUAUUUGGAGGUAAUGGACAGUAACAGAAAUAUUCCUGGAAAUAUUUUGAGAUAAUGGACAGUAACAGAAAUAUUCCUGGAAAUGUUCGAAGGUGAAGAUAAAUUGACAAAGCAUUCCUGGAAAUAUUUGGAGAUAACGGUUUUUCACAUCUGGAACUUUCCGGAGACAGUGACAAGACAGGACAGGGAAUUAUAUCAUAAUUCGCUUCAGAAUUAGCAUAAGACGGCUUAAGUUUAUGCUUUAAUAUAAGAUUCGAAGCUUAUCAUUGCUAAAAUGCCAUUCUUGAAAUUCCCCUGAUAUUGCAGUGAUAGUUUUACUUAUUUCUGUAUUGAUUUCUUCAAAAGUGCUUAUAUACAAUAUAUCAAUAUACCAAUAUUUUCAUUCCAUAUCA